AUGUAUGGAUGGCGUCCUCGGACGCAAGAAACUGCCGAUAUCACCGCUGUGUCGAUACUAGAUGCACUCAGACCUCACGCAAACACCUUAGAGUCUUUGGAACUAAACAUUAUGGAAAACGUCUUCCGUUCAGGCCGUCGAGAGCAGCUGGAUUCAAUGCGACAUUUCGAAACUCUCAUUUACUUGGGACUGGACAGCUUCUGCUACGACGGGGGACAGUCCCUAGGCAAAAUCAUCCCAGGCAGACUGGAGACUAUAGAGAUCACAUGCAUGCAUGAAACGAUGCAUGCAGAUGUCUUGGAACUGGCGCGUUCAGCCGAAUGGCUUCCCAACCUCAAGACGGUUAAUUUAUAUCCUUGGCCUAAUAGCAUGCGCUACCCUACGAGUAUCCUUAAAAUCUCGGCCGUUGCUGAGCAAUUUCGACAAAGAUACGUAGUAUUCUCAUUCUCUCACGGAACUUAUCUCAACCGUGCAUCCAAAUGGGAGUGUGCCAGGUUUCUAAACCGCUUGGCCCCGUGGUGCUCUCCCCCCGGACAACUUGAGACAACAGCUUAG